AUGGUGGUUCUUCUUGUAAAGAGAGGCGAUGAAAACCAGUUCCUGUACGAAACCACCGUGAACUGUUCGGUAGACGACGUAGUAAAAGACGUGACGGCUAUCUACAACGGCAGAUUGAAGAUCACCAGGAUCAGUUACGAGAUUGAAGAGCUUGGGAAACAUGGGACAUCCUUGCCGCUUGAGAUGCAGGGGUUGACGGAGGAACAGAUAAAGGAGCUAAAACUAGAAGACCCCUGGGCGACGCGCUGUGCGCCCAUGGGCUACGUGGAAUGUAAAGACGAGAUGGGAAGGCGUUGCGGGCUUGCCCCACCUCCUAAUCUUCAGGAGGUAUUAAAGAAAGCAGCGGAGGCGGCUAAGGAGUUUGUCCAUAAGAAACUGGUGGACCACCGUAAACCUCUAACUCAGAAAGACGUGGCCCGCGCUUUAGACGAGCUCCUUGGAGCCACGAAGAUCGUAUUCCCCGCUGGUCUUCCUCCUCACGACCCAGUUCGCAUGGAGCUGGAAAACGUGGAAGACCUGACUGGAACGCAGGCCGCCAACGAGGUCCUGGAUCCCGUGAAAGCUUGCUUAUGGGCGUGCGGGAAGAAGUUGAUCAGUGGGAAUCUGUUGAGUGACCAUUUGGGCAAGAACGACAAAACCAAAGUGACCGUUAAGCUGUGCUCUUCAUCUGAACACGCGCCCGGGCGUGAGCCAGUCCUGUCCGAAGAUGAACGCAAACAGCUCAUGCUGCACGCCUACAGGAAACAGGAGGAAUGGAAGAAGUUGGAACAGGACGAUGAUGACCACUUCCUGGACUCCAAGUGGGCUGACGGCCAGGGCCUGAAGAGGGCGUUUCAUGGCAUGAAUGAUAUCUCUUGGAAGCCUGUUGGUAUUAGGAAGUAGGAAUUUGAUUCUAAAAUAUAGAGGGUUUUUUAAAAGA